GACUCUUCAAAAGAAUCCAACGUUUGAUGCUUUAGCUCAAAUGUGUUGCCAUUUAUUUGUCCCAUCUCUCUGAAGCUUCAAGUCUGCCUCAGCAAGAGUUUGCUGGCAAGUCAUGUUGAACUUUAGCAAAUGGCCUCUGCUCCUGUUGUUGAGCACAGAGGAACUUGCCACCAUCCAACAGGUCUGUGUCUUUGGAGCAUCUGCUAAUGAAGCUAUCUACAUCACAAACGACAACAAGGUAUUUGUGUUCGGCCGUAACUGCACUGGCUGGCUUGGAUCAAGAGACGGUUUAAGCACCAUUGUGCCGAAACAACUCAGCUGCCUGGAGGGGAAAAAGGUGGUUAGCUUGAGUUAUGGCAGAGGCCCGGACGUCCUACUGGCAACAGAGGAUGGGAAGGUAUUUGCUUGUGGGUACGAUGGUUGCCGCCUACUGGGGGUCGUCAAGAUGGGCAUCUGCGAGCUGUCCCAGUCGCUGGUCACUGUCAACAUUCCGAACAUGAAAGUCAAAGAAGUGGCGUGUGGUGCUCAUCACUCCAUGGUCCUCACGGAAGAUGGAGAGGUCUUUGCAUGGAGUUAUAAUAACCACUUCCUGCAUGCCCAGCCAUUCCCCGCAAAGGUGGGCGGUUCGUUGCAGGGUAAAACGGUGAUCGGCAUCACGUGCGGACACUCCUUUUCCAUGGCUCUGCUGGAUAACGGAGAGAUUCACGGAUGGGGCGACAAUCACGACGGGCAGCUGGGUGUUGGUCACAACAACUAUGUGUCGAGGAUCCCUUGCCACCUGUCUGCUCUGCAGGAGUCUUGUAUAAAGCAGGUCGUGUCAGGCUAUGGCCACUCCCUUGCUGUAACAGAUAAAGGACUGCUUUAUUCAUGGGGCGCAAACACUUUUGGACAGCUGGGAAUUGGUGACAAGAAAAAAUGUUGUAGCCCAGUGCAAGUUAUGGCUGAUGAAGAGAGGUUUGUCGAGGUGGCCGCGUGCCAUUUGACCAACACGUCGGCGGCCAAGACGCAGAGCGGCCAGGUGUAUAUGUGGGGUGAGUGUCGGGGUCGAGCCGUCGUCAUGCCGCGCCUCACCCACUUCACCAACACGGAUGACGUGUUUGCCUGUGUCGCGUCCCCCCCGGUCAUGUGGAGGCUGAUGUCAGUGGAGCAUGACGACUCCCUGGCAGUCGCAGAGGCGCUGAAGAACGAAUUUGACAGUCCAGAAACGGCAGACCUCAAGUUUAUCGUCGAAGGCAAAUGCAUCCACGUUCACAAAGCUGUGCUUAAGAUCAGGUGUGAGCAUUUCCGCUCAAUGUUCCGGUCCCCGUGGGUGGAAAGUCAUCAGGAAGUGAUUGAGAUCAGCCAAUUCUCGUAUACCAUCUACCGCUCCUUCCUGCAGUUCCUCUACACAGACACUGUUGACCUUCCACCUGAGGACGCUAUCGGCCUGCUGGACCUGGCCACCUCCUACUGUGAGAGUCGCCUGAAGCAUCUGAGUCAGCAGAUCGUCAAGGGAGGAAUCACCAUCCAAAACGCCUUUGCCCUCUUUUUAUCUGCCAAACAAUUUGAUGCCGAGGACCUGGAGGAAUUUUGCUUCCGAUUUUGUAUCAGGCAUCUCACUCAGGUGAUUCAGACGGCAACCCUCAGUCAAGUUGACGGAAACGUGUUCAAAGGGUUCAUCAUCAGAGCAAGCUAUGCUGGUGCCUUCAAGUACUAGUUCUCUCUGUUUAGUAUGCUUUAGAAAAUGUUGGAUGAGCCAGCACCUGAGACGUCUUCAGGACUUCUGUACUAAUUGCAGUCUGGAAACGGAACUUCUGUUUUGGUUCGGUGGUUCGGCUAUGUGGUAGAUUGGAUCGAGCACUCAGUGCUCGACUGUGUUGGUCUGUCUGUAUUGGAGAUGCAGGGAUCGUGUGGCGAGGGCUGUGUGUAGUCGUGACGGAGCACCCAGUAAAGAUCGGCUCGUACUGCAUCCUUGCCUCCGUGUGUUAUUGUUAGAGCAAUCAAUAAGCAACCCACUAUAAGUGACAACACUACAAUAGUUUGUCAGAGCAUAAAGCCACAACAAUGACGACCGUUGUAUGACGGGCGUUUGUUGACGAAAGGCUCGAGGUCUUUAUUUGAAUGGUCACAUUUAAAGAUUCCUUUUGACGAUACACGAGGUAGUGUACAAUUUGUUAUGUUGUGGCCCGCUUCAUCGCCGAACAAACAGCAACUUCAUGACGCCUUCCCAGCCGAUGUUGUAGGUAAGAAAUUGUCAGGGUCCAAAGUCAGGACUAUAAGCACAGGCGUAGCCAAGCCGGGGCGACACGGGGCGGCGCCCCGGUUAGGACUCCCUGCACCCCGGUUGAAGAAAAUCGAGCUUUUUCGAUUCUUCGUUUUCAUGCUGUUUUUUUCUUUCGGUCUUGCGCGAAUGUGCUUGCGCUAUUCUAUGUGCGCGAUGUUAUCCAUUCACCGUUUGCCUCUCGGACCCGGAUGUUGUCUUAGCGAUCAGCGAACGGCGUGGGUGUUAUUGAACUAAAAUACUGAAUUCAGAAACUGAUCAUUCUAAUUAGCACUCCUUCCCUCUUGGUAGUGACUGUUUUCUUAGAAUGUAUAUUACUAAAUCAACCCAAGGUGGACUAUAUUUUUGGCUCAUGUAUUUUUCAUAUUCAUUACAGCAGUGUAUUUGUUAUUCAUUGUAGUUAUUGAAGUAAAAUACUGAAUCUUAGUUAUGAAUCGCUCUUAUGUUGCCUGGAUUUCAUUAUGCUAUACCACUCCAAUAUGAAUGGAUGUUGUAACUGCUGAUCUAUGUUCAAUAAACAAGGUUGUACUUCUAAGAAAUUCCAAGUUA